AUGAAGCUCGCCAUCACAAUCGUUCUUGUCAUGCUGUCUGUCUGCUGCAGCUCAGCUUCUUCAGACACCUGCCCAGGAUUUUUUCAAGUCCUGGAGUACCUCUUCCUGGGCUCCGAGUCCACUUAUGAGGCAGCCCUGAAGUUUUACAACCCUGGCUCAGAGCUGCAAAAUUCGGGGGUGCAGCUGAAGAAGCUGGUGGACACCCUCCCCGAGAAGACCAGAGUGAACAUCGUGAAGCUCUCGGAGAUAAUCCUAACAAGCAAUCUGUGUAAUCAAGACCCAAGCUUCUAA